ACGCCAGUAAAGUUUGAAGGUAGCAGAGUGUAUUUUUGUGUGUGAGCUGUGGCAGUAACAAUGGCUUCACUUCAGUAUCUGAGAGAGUUUAUCAACGAGCGACUAACUGCUGCUGCUGAACAAAUAUUCUUGGAGUUUGAAAAAACGAUCGUCCAGUACGAGGAAGAGAUCGACCGUCAGCGCAGACUGCUGGAUAUCACCUGGAAACCCCAAAUCAAGCUUCGGAGGAUAGACCUUCCACUGCGACUCCUCUGCAGAGAGGAGGAGCAGCUCUGGAACCAGGAGAGGAGCUCCAGUGUCGACCAGGAGGAGCCAGAACCUCCACAGAUUAAAGAGCAACAGGAGGAACUGUGCAGCAGUCAGGAGGGAGAGCAGCUGGGACUGGAGGAGGAGACUGAUACCUUUAUGGUGACUGCUACUUACAAGGAAAGCGACCUCAGUAACACCACUCACUCUGACUCCAGUGUGUUUGUUGGGACUGAAUCCAGAGAAGCAUUCAAAGUUUUAAAUAAUUCUACCCAGAUCAAGAAAGACAUCAACCAUCAGCCCAGAGAGCUGGAUGUCACCUCCAGUGCUGAGAAAGAUCUGCAUAGAACAGACCUCCCACAGCAGAAUGUCUGUAAGCAGGAGGGGGUUCUCCCUCAGCAGCAGCUCAGGAACCAGAACAGGAGCUCCAGAUUGGACCAGGGGGAACCAGAACCUCCACAGCGCACAGAGGAACAGAACAAACUGUGCAGCAGUCAGGAGGGAGAGCAGCCCGUAGUGACAGAGACGAAAACUUCUACGGUGACUUCUGCUCACAGCAAAAGUGACCACAGUGAAUCAGAAGCAAAAUGUGACCAGCUCCUCACUCACAGCUCUGCUGCAGCUGAGAGCCGACAUCAGGAAGGAGGGAAGGAGGGAGAUUUAGACUCUGGAAAUCCAGAGUCAAAACUUCACGUAAACAGAAGUCAGAGCAACAAUUCAGAAGAAUUCCCGCCAUCAGCGAGUCAGUGUAACACUGACACGGGUCGAAAAUCUCUCCAGUGUGACAUUUGUGGAAAGUCUUUUAAGAAAAAGUGCCAAAUAAAGGAGCAUUACAAAAUCCACACAGGUGAGAAACCAUUCACCUGUAAGACAUGUGAGAAAAGUUUUGCUCAGAAGAGCACUUUGCUGCACCACAUGACUGUCCACACAGGAGAGAGGUUGUUUUCCUGCCACAUAUGUGGCAAAACUUUUAGGCAACGCGGGAAUCUGAUGAUCCACCUGAGAAUCCACACCGGUGAGAGGCCGUAUUCCUGCACAGUGUGUGAAAAGACUUUCAGUCAGAGUAGUCAUUUGUUGGGCCACAUGCGAAGCCACAGAGGAGAGAAGCCGUACCUGUGCGAGGACUGUGGGGAAUGUUUUUCUGAAUCAUCUUCACUUAAAUUACACAAAGUGAUUCACACAGGAGAGAGGCCUCAUUCUUGCCAAGCAUGUGAGAAAACAUUCAUUAAACGCAGUAACCUGCUGCGCCACAUGAGAAUGCACACAGGAGAGAAACCGUAUGUUUGUGAGACCUGCGGGGAAAGAUUUACUCUGUCAACAUCGCUAAAAAGCCACAACGCGAUCCACACAGGAGAGAAACCGUAUCACUGUAAAACCUGUGGGAAAAUGUUCCGCCAGAGUCAUCAUUUGUUGUUUCACAUGAAAACCCACAAACAGCAGAAGCUGCAGUGCUGA